GUAUGUUACGCAUUAAGCUGUUUCUUAAAAAAUAUUAUUUGAUUAAUAUUAAAAGCAUUGUUUUUAUGCAAGUGAUGUUAUAAGAAUCACUGUUGACAAACUCAUAUUUUCUCAAACAUCAUAGUGAUUUACUUUAUUAUUCUUUAUGAGAAAGCCAAAUUUCGGCAAAAUAACAAACCAACUACAUAUUUGUUUCUCAAAUUUUUAUUUUAUUUAUUUCAAGAUUUACCAAUUACCGCUAUAAUGGAAUAUGUAUUAUCAUCAGAGGAGAGUUCAGAUGCUGAUUUGUUGAAUUUGCGUCAUCAGUUGACCGAAUAUGGUUUGGAUGAAGAGAACUUAAGCAAAGAAGAAAUGUCAGAUUUACUUAAAGUAUUGAAAGUUUCUAAACAUACUGCUGAAGAAGAGGAACAACAAAAGGCACUUGAUAGUGGUAGCACAUCAGCAAGAGGUAGUAUGAAACGAAGGUAUGUAAACGUUACUGAUAGACGCUUGCCAUGGAGCCUUUUCCCCGAAACAACAUCAUCAGCAGAAAAGGCAAAAUUACUAGCAGUAUACAUAAAAGUUAUGUCUAUAAAUAGCUACCGACAGGCCAGGCAAUCAUUCAAUCUAGCAGCUUGGCCACCACCACUGGAAAUAUUACAAGAAACAAGUGUUCAACCGCGGAGGUCAACAAGAAGUGGACGGUCAGUUCCUAUAUAUGCCGGUUGUGAUGAUGAUUCUAGUGAUGUUGAUUUUGCUGUGGCAAAAAAAAAGAAGAGAAAAUUAUCCAGCAGUGAACCAAAUGAAACAGCCACAACAAGUAAAGGAUUGAGUUUAAAAAGGAAAACAAAGGAUGAAAAUUUAAGACCAGUUAAGGAAAUAAAAUUAAAUGAUUCGGAAGACCAAAACAAAAUUGAUCUGUAUUCACUAAUUGAAGACUGAUUAAAGUUAUGCAUAGAUUAAGUUUUAUAAUAAUUUUCUAAGCUAUCAAAAAGAACAUCUUUUUUGUUCAGAAAGGGUGAGAUAGCAAAAGCCUGUAAAUGACAAAUAAAAAUAAAUCACCUUAUUUAAAACAGAGAAACUAAAGAUGGUAUGAAUCACCACUAUAUCAUCAAACUCACCCUCCCUAUAUGGUUGGUAUUUUUACGUUAAGGUGAGAGUUAAUCAAUAAUUCCAAUAACAAAGUACUAUUGUACCACGGAUUAAUAAAAUUGAUCUUAUUCAAAUUACAAAACA